AUUAUAUUAUUAUUUAUUAUUUCAAUAUUAAUUAUUUUAAUUUCUAAUAUUUUAAUAUUUUUAACAAUUAUCCUAUCAAAAAAAUCAUUUAUAGACCGAGAAAAAAAUUCACCCUUUGAAUGUGGAUUUGACCCUAAAUCUUCUGCACGAAUUCCUUUUUCUUUACAUUUCUUUCUAAUUACAGUAAUUUUCUUAAUUUUUGAUGUAGAAAUUGCUUUAAUUUUUCCUCUAAUUCAAUCUUUUUAUUUAACUAAUUAUUUUUCAAUAAUAAAAAUUAGAUUUUUUUUUUUAUUAAUAUUAUUAAUUGGACUUUAUCAUGAAUGAAACCAAAAUAUAUUAAAUUGAACAAAUUAG